CGACUCCUAUGGUGUUGAUAUAAUUGUUCCAAGCUCAGCACACUACCUUAGAGAUCUCGGCAGCUGAAGGCAUGUGAUGGAAUUGCACUAUGACCCCCACCAAGCUCCACCCCGCAUUCCGAUAACGAAAGCCCGGAAUGAAAUAAGGUUUAGCGCGCGGCCGCUUGUUCCGAUAUGCUGACCUCAGUGUAAAGUAAACAACCGCGAAAAGCUUCAACCCAACAUCAAUUUCUCAACAUCAUCUUCUCCUCCAAACGGAACAGAACAGCACAAGUCUUUGGGUCACGAGAACAGCAGUUGGGUAGAUAUUGCAAUGGCAGAAUUCCACAGAAAAAUAGAACUCCAGUCACCAGAUGAUCUCCAAUACCUGGUCUCGAACAUCCGACGCGCCGCGAACCAGAAGAUAGACAAAGACUGGCCACCAAUAGAAGGAGAGGAUAAAAUACGAGAACGCGUUGAAGAGCUCGUACACAGCUACAUCAACGACGUUUUCCACAAAACGGCUGCAAAUAUAUCUAUUAAUGGCCUCGAACCCUCGGAAGAACUCAUCAACAAUAUCCUCGUGAAUAGCACGUCUCCAGCACAUCACGAAAUCGAAGAACACGAGCCUUUUAACACGAGACUUUUUGAGAAAGCGAAGGAGCGCGCGAGAGAGGAAGAGGAACUGAUUGAGGCGAUUGCGGCGUUGAGGAGGAAGGUUCCUAAUUCAGUAGCGGAGAACACGAAGAAAAUGUACAAGGAGGGUAUUGAGGGUGACGAGGAACAGUUGCGUAAGAGGGAAGAGCUGGUUAAGGAACAGGGAGGGGCGCAGAUGAGCUUGGAGGCCCUUGAGAGGCAAGAAGGUGUGGAGGCCAAUUGGGACAAAGGUAUUAAGGGGCUGGAGAGGUUGAUGAAGACGAUGCCUGAGAUGGUGGCGAGGAAGGAGAGAGCAGAAAAGGCUGAAGCAGUAGCAACUGGAUAAGCAAUGGGAACGAGUCAACAUAUGUGCACCUGUC